AUGUCUUCUAUUGAAGACACCGGGCGCCGUAGAAUUUCCCUGUUCACGCUGUUCCUGAUCUUGUCACUUUGUUCUAGAAAUCGUCUCGAGAGGAGCGCUUCGAAAAGAUGGCGGGGUUCCGUGCGACGCGUACUCUCAGCGGCUGUUUAUAACCUCUCCUGCUUCACCCACGGCUGCAGUACCGGCUGGGUGUCUGGAGUACUAGGGAACGAGGCGUUAACAGGAGGUGCUUGGUUGGCCGCCCUACCAUGCCUUGUUGCUUUGCCGGCGGCGCCAUUCUUCGCGGUACUAGCUGACGCAAAGGGCAGGAAGGCUGGUGCCCUUUGUGUUAGUAUUAGCUUUAUUAUAAGCUGGUCACUAGCAGCAUGGUGUGGCCCCAGGGGCGUGUGGGCGGCCAGGGUCGCAGCCGGGGCAGGAGGUGCCGGCGCGUUAGCAUUGGCACCACUUUACUGCGCAGAGAUCGCGCCAAGGACGAGAGGAUUGGCCGCUAUGCCGGCUUUGGCUUGCAGUUCAGGCAUCCUCUUCGCCUACGGAGCUGGCGGAAUGCUGUCGGCACAUGCGCUGUCUCUUUCUAUGGCGGUACCGCCAGCUGUGCUCCUGGUAUCAUUGCUAUGGCUUCAGGAGACUCCUUCGUUCCUUAUUAGUAUUGGUAGAAUUCAGGAUGCCGCAAAAGUUAUAUGUUGGUUCGACGGUUCCGACUUUCAAGAGGAUCUGACCGACGUGAUAGAACAGCAAGAAGUGAGGAUCAGGACUUCAGAACACUAUGGGAGGCGCGAGGCGAUGAGGAGACAGGACUCGGACACCUUCCAACCAAUGUUGAAGAGGGUCAGCGGGCUGGAUUCUAAUUCAGACAGGAGAAGUGAACCUUCGGCUUGUAGGGAGCUGUUCCGCCACCGCCGCUCUCGCCGUGCCCUGUUCUCCUGCUUCGUUCUGCUCUGUGUUGCUGCGGGCAGCGGCGCGGGCGCAGUCAACAGUUUCGCGGCCGCCGUACUCAGGCAUUCGGCUCAUACCGUGCCUCAUCUUAAUUUAACUGUUUAUAACUACACUCUUUAUAAUGGAACAUCGCCUCGCUCGUUGUUCGACACGUCUGAAGCCGGGUCCAUAAUGUGCGGUACUGCGUUAGUGCUGGGUGCUGCAGUAGCUACCGUCACUGUUGAUAAAAUUGGUAGAAAGAUACUGCUUCUCUGGUCUUGUUCAGGAAUAACUUGCUGCUUGGCAUUAUUGGGAAUCUACUGCGACCCUCGUCUACGUAUGCAUUCCUGGUACACGCACCGACUGUGGUCCUACAGAAAACUCAUUUUCACCGACAUCAACGACAACAUCAAUUAUACAAAGAACUGGAUCAAUGAAAACUGGACUGAGUUGACGCCAAAAGUAUUGAAUGUUACAGUGAAUGAAGACGCGACGUUAUGGGCCCCAGUUACUUUGUUGUCUGUAGUGCUGUUCCUGUAUAAUAUAGGGUUGGGAUCUGUGCCUUUUGUACUGGUUUCGGAGUUAUUUUCGAUAAAUGUCCGCAGCCUCGCCUCCAGCCUCCUCAUCUCCUGGAUGUGGCUCAGCAACUUUCUCCUUCUCCGGUACUACGGCACUAUCGCCGUCUCGCUCGGCCUCCACGGCACCUAUUACAUAAGCGCCUCUAUCACACUUCUGGGCUCCUUGUAUAUAUUCUUCAUAAUUCCUGAAACUAAAGGGAGAAGUCAGGAGGAAAUCGAUGAAGCGCUGGAUGGACCAUUAUUGGUGAUGAUGAAGAAGAAUCGGCGAUGA